AUGGGAAACUCGCAUACCAAGGAGGCGAGGGAUCCUAAUGCUCCCUUGUCCCCCCACGAUCCUCGAUCACACGGAUCCAGCCAUCACCACGCAUCCGGCUCGUCGUCCAGCAGAGCGAGAAACCGAGCCAGCCGGUCCGAUCUCGGCGGCCUCUUCGGAAUCAGCGGCGCCGGCUCCUCAUCCUCGACACAGCCACCAUACGAACGACGCGAGACGAAGCAAGAGCGAGAGGCGAGGAGGCUCGAACGAGAAAGACAGGCGCGCGUCAUAGAGAGAGAACGAAGCUUGAAAGAGGAGCAUGUCGAUGGUGGAUACCUGGUAACAUUGGGCACAUAUGUCGGCACGGAGGACUUUAACAAGGCCAUAGUCCGGCAGUUGCAGAUCGAGCGAAGAUUGGCACCGUUCUGGAGAGGAUUGAACGACUUCUCCGAGACAUGGACCGAGUAUCAAAUAGUGGCAGCUGCCCGGGGUUUGCCUCUUCCCGCCGCCGAUGCGAUUCCUCCGGACGAACUGAUACCCCGACCCAUAUCCGCCACCUCGCCCGCGACAUCUACACAAAACAUUGAUAGUCUCAUGGUGCCCAUGGGUGGCAGGACACUGUCCACAGCAUCCGACAGGAGCGUCUCGGGACUCGGCUCUAGUUUGCCGUCCCCAACCUCGGCCGCGGGUAGCAAAAGUCCCUUUAAGCGAUCUAAGGGCAUCGCAGCGGCGCUGAACCUGUCCUCCUCGCGUAACAACUCGACGACCGACAUAGCGCCCCGCGAGAUAAAGCUCCCGCAUGAUCCUUUCGUGAAUGGCCAGCCCAUGGAGGUGUUUUUGUACAAGGACGGAAGCGAGUGCCCUAUCUGCUUCCUGUACUACCCGCCCUAUCUGAACCACACACGAUGCUGUGAUCAGCCCAUCUGUAGCGAAUGCUUUGUACAGAUCAAGCGUGCCGAUCCUCACUAUCCCGAAGGGCAUGGCGAUGCCGAUAAUUCGGAGAGGCCCCCGGAAGAGCAGGCUGGUUUGCUGAUUUCGGAGCCGGCCUGCUGUCCCUACUGCCAGCAGCCGGAGCUCGGUGUGACUUACGAUCCACCACCAUUCCGCCGCGGCCUGGCAUAUUCAAGUGCGACUUCACACAUGGGCGCGCUGGGCACAGCCAUGUCCAGCAGCAGCUCGCUCAAUUCAAGCCUGUCCCCGUCCUCCCUGGCAUCUCCGACAAGCACAGGACCCAGCAGAAGACGAACGCAAUCGCUGUCAGCCAAUGCCCCGAACGUGGUUACGACGGAUCGCGUGAGGCCGGACUGGGCGACAAAGCUUGCUGCACAGCGGGCACACAUUGCUCGGCGCGCUGCGGCGGCUACCGCCCUGCAUACGGCGGCAUUCUUGAUGAGCAACAACGAGCAGCAACGUUCCAUUAGAAUAGGAAGGUUCAGCAGGCGCAACACAGCCGAGAGGACGGCAUCGGGCCCAUCGACCAACGCAGCAGCAAGCAACAGCUCUGCGAGACCAGAGGCCGCUGCAGCCGAGAGCGAAUCGGCGUCUCCUGGAACCGGGGACGCGAGAAGUAGCUCCGGUCGCGGGAUCACGGGUGCGCGUAGGAGCCGCAUGGAAGACCUCGAGGAGAUGAUGUUUGCCGAGGCCGUCAGGUUGUCUUUGGCCGCAGAGGAAGAGCGGAAACGCAAAGCCGAGAAGGAAGAGCGCAAGGAAGCCAAGCGCAAAGAGAAGGAGGACAAAAAGGCUGCCAAGGCCGCAGCUAAGAGCUCCGGGUCCGGGCCUUAUACGGGCUCCAGCGGGAAUAGCUCCAUGGCCGGCAGCGCCCUCAGCUUGCCUGGUCUCGGGUUGGGGAGGCGGCGGGGAAACAGUGCCGCUUCAAACCUGCGCAUGGAGGCUAGUGUGGCUAGCGCCAUGGCAGCAACGGGAACUGGCAGUCCGGAAUCGGCGGCAGCUGCUGGUGGUGGUGACAAGGGGAAGGGCGUUGAGAGGCCUGUGCCGGCAAACGUAGGAGAGUCCAGCGGAGACGCUGAGGCCGGCGUUUCUUCCUCGAGCGUGCCCACCGGGUCCCAGCCUAUUCCCGCAUCGCAAACCCCCGGUGGCCAGUCGCACCUGCGCCAGAUCAGCAACGUAUCGUCUGUUUCGGAUUCGUCCUACGUUGACGCUCCGGGCGGUGUUGAUACCGCGCAGUCGUCUGACGAGGGGCGGACGCCAGCAACUGGUACCGAGAACACGUCAAAGAUUACAAGCCUUUCGGAAAUGGUGGACGUCCUGGACGAGGUGGACGCUGCAAAAUCCCACGACGUCGCAGAGGUGCAGCAUCUCGAGGAUGCAUCCGACGCCAAGCCGCCGAGCAAAGAUGCUGGAGAGGUACCGUCUCCUCCAGAGCUGCUGGUGACGCCAGGAACUCCUGCGCUUGACAAUGAGGGCUUUGAGAGCAACAAGCAGCUGGAUAUCAAGCCCACUGCCCAGCACGAUGAUCAGCAGCAGCGUCAGCAAUCUGCGUAA